CGCCAUGGUAGAAUUCCGGGCUGCACAUGUCGGCAUCUAUAAGAGCGACACAUCACGCGGCUUUUCCUACAUCGCCGUCAACAAGUCGGGAUGCCGAAACGGGAGAAGGAGUCAACUGGCCAGAACAUUUUGGCGUUUUGACGAGGAUCCUCAUCUGUCGUUCCCCGAGGAUUCUGAUUUUAUGGAAAUCCUGCCCGAUGAACCCUGGCAAUUCGAGUUCAUAUUGGAGAAGGAGAGCCCUAGUCAUGUUGAUGGUCUCGAGUACCUUGAGCUUGAUAGAACAUAUAAUGCUCAGAUUGCUACGGACCUCCUUCGGGGGUUUUCAAGCUGGAUGUUUGGGCGGAAGAAGGACUCGUUGAAUGGCAGUUUAGAGGGAAACAAGCGACAAUGGGAGAUUAAUAAAACGAAAAUAGGUAGUAUCAAGGUCGACCCGCGAAAUGAGCCUGUAGCGUUGAAGGAUGUGAAGUAAGAGCAUGUGAAGACCGCGAG